AUGUCAGACCCUGGAUCGCUAAAUAAGUUAACAAGAAGCCCGAUAACAAAACAUUUCAAGAGUGGAGCUUUAGGAUUUCUGGUAGGUAUCUCUAUAGCUUCACUUUUGGCCAUAAGAAUUGUUGACAGGGCUAGAAAGGAAAUGGAUUGGGAUGACAGUGUGUCAAAUUUAAGCAGAUCUGUCAGGAAACUAGAAUUACAUGUGGCAGAGCUUGAACGUAAGGGGUCCAUAAGUAAGCCGUGA